GUCAUGUCAUAAGCUGGCAACUUUUGAAAGAAUUGUCAGUGGUGGUGGACGUGUUUAAAAAAGCUUUCUUUUCCGGUGGUGUUCUUGAAGCGAAUACCACUGUCGCGGACUUUUAGUUUAAUUAAAAAUGGGUUUCGUGAAAGUGGUGAAGAAUAAGCAGUACUUCAAGAGAUUCCAAGUUAAAUUCAAGAGGCGUCGUGAGGGAAAAACCGACUACUAUGCCCGCAAGCGUCUCAUCGUUCAGGACAAGAACAAGUACAACACCCCCAAGUACCGUCUGAUCGUCCGUCUGUCCAACAAGGAUGUGACCUGCCAGGUUGCCUACUCUCGUAUUGAGGGAGACCACAUUGUAUGCGCCGCAUACUCCCACGAACUGCCGCGUUAUGGCGUCAAGGUCGGUCUUACAAACUAUGCUGCCUCCUACUGCACUGGUCUGUUGCUGGCUCGACGACUGCUGCAGAGGCUAGGCCUCGAUUCCCUGUAUGUGGGUGCCACACAAGUCACUGGUGAUGAAUUCCAUGUCCCAGAGUCCAGUGGACCCAGUGCUUUCAGAUGUUACCUGGAUGUGGGUCUGGCUCGCACCACCACUGGUGCAAGAGUGUUUGGAGCCAUGAAGGGUGCUGUUGAUGGUGGCCUGAAUGUACCUCACUCAGUCAAAAGAUUCCCUGGUUAUGAUGCAGAGGCAAAGAAAUUCAAUGCUGAUGUUCAUAGGUCACACAUUUUCGGUCUUCACGUUGCCGACUACAUGCGCAACUUAGAGCAGGAUGACGAUGAUGCCUUCAAGAGACAGUUCGGCAAAUACAUUAAGAAUGGUGUUAAUGCUGAUGCGAUUGAGACCAUCUACCAGAAAGCACAUGAAGCCAUCCGCGCCGACCCAUCACACAAAAAGAAGGAAAGCAAGAAAGACCCGGCUAAACAGAAACGCUGGAACAAACGCAAGCUCACCGUGGCCGAGAGGAAGAACAGAAUCAAGCAGAAGAAGGAUUCCUUCAUCAAGCGUCUGCAGAACCAGGCAGAAGCUUAGUGGCAUGUAAAAGUAUAUCAAUAAAUGCCAUUGGAGUCGA